AUGGAUGCGUCACGGAGCAGCAGCGCUGGGGACUAUAGGAGUGUUAUCGACGACCUUACUAUCGAAAUUCAACGACUAAAAGAUGAGCUCAAGAAGUACAAGCAUUCAGGCCCCUCUCCCCUCAAGAGCGAGAAGCUUUUCGAACUAAAAAUUCACGGGUUGCCCGCAUGGAAGAAGCGGGAAUUGGAGGUGACUCUCCGAGAAUUUACAUCCAACCUUGAGGUCUCCAACACCAACGAGACGUCGUCCGCGCGGAAGAAGUCGUCGCGCUCUAGUCGCAGGUCGGGCUCGAAACAGCCCUCUUCGUCAUCGGAAUCCUACCUAAGGCCUGUGGAUUCUGCCUACGCCUCCAUGUCCACGGGUCAUACAUCGGCUGGUACCUCUGGCAGGCAUUCGUCCCGAUCUCGGCCCAAGUAUUCGGAACAAAAGGUUGAAAACUAUCUCAAAGAAAUCCCAUCAGGGCUUUACCCGCGCCAUAUCAGCAUGUCGGAGAAGCAGAAGAAGAAGUUAGUACGGCGGUGGGACGGGAUCCAGCUCGUCGCCACCCACAAUUCCACCCCCGAGCAGCGGCCAACGAGACCGCGAGAUCUCGAUCCUGAUCGAGCCCAAAAUCCUUCCGAAAACAUCGAAUAUCUCCGACAUUUAGGCAUUGCCCCUCCCGAUAUCCAGCAUACGGAAGUCGGGUUGGACAAAGAGGCCAGUUUAUCGCCGGAUGCCGAAGGCUGGGUCUAUCUUAACUUGCUCUAUAAUUUGGCCCAGCUGCACAUCUACAACGUCACUCUAAGCUUCACACGUGCAGCCGUGUCUGAAAAGAGUUCCAUGUUCCAGAUGUCGGCCGACGGAUGCAAGAUUCGCUGGCGCGGUGGCACUGAAGGCACCAGUCCGACAAAUCUCAGUAGCAACGACCGAAGAAUCGGCGGAGAAGACGGCGUGGCUUCUCGGGGACCUAAGUCGAAGCUGUCAGAGGGCAAAACCUCCUCCGAUCCCUCCGCCGCGCGUCGGUCCCGAUUUGGGGCCCAUUCUCCCCAAACGGCGGCCGACAGUUUCCAGUACAAGCCUCUCUUUGUGAAGAAUCGAUCACCGAACGAGCAGACAUCGGAAGACACGGGCUCGUCCCGCGGGUCCAGAGAUGAAAGCUAUUUUACGGGCUCACCGUGGGCCGGGUCGGGGUCAGGGUCGUCGCUUCGCCGGAAACGACGUGUGGAUGGGGCCAUUAUAUAUUACAGCGGUGCGCCAUUCUGCACUGAUCUCGCGGGUGAUCCUGGCACCACGUUGAGCUCACCUCUCUGCGAAGAUCCUAUUGCGGAAGAGUACCUCGAAGAAGCGCCUAUACCGCAUCGCACGCUUUCCGGUUCCUCGUUAGCAUAUAGGCCAUUUAGCAUCUCCCGGCAGGACCUCUUGGAAAGCCGCCCAGCUGACGCAUCUAGCGAUCUGGGGAUGGACAUGCUGGAUGGGGAAAACGAUCUCGGGGAGAGCGUCGAGGAUGUAACAUUGUCGCAGUUUAGCCCCGAAGCCAGGCUCAACAUGGUGAUGGAAAGAGUCAGCCAACUACGGGCAUCUCAAGAACGCGGGUAUCACAUCCGCACGCCGUGCACAGCACCUCGCCUCCAAGCCUCGGCGCCCGGCUUUGAAUACGUGGGCGGCCACAUCAAAGGCUCAAGCCGGCCUCCCUUCCGCCGCCGGCUCUACAAUGAGCAGCUUGCCGCUUCGGAGGCGGCAAGCCGCCGCGUACAUCCGCACGACUCGGAUAUCUCGCUUGACGAUACGGGAGUGGAGAGCUCGGAUUCCGACGAGGCGGGAUCCGCCGUUGAAGGCCCCAGCUCCAACAGCAAUGCUAUGCUCCUCGAUGAUGGCUCGGGCACAACCAGUCCGCCCGAGACGAUUGAGGCGCUUCAAGGCCUCAGCGCGAGGGGCGCCAGCCUCCGUGGCCAAGUCAUCCAAGGGCCCACCAACGAACCCCGAGGCAUACCCUAUGCGCCCUUUGUAGACAGAGUCGAGGAUUACAAAAUACCAGUUUAUGGAGAUGAACCUCCAAAAGCGGGCGAGUGGGCUGAAAGAAAAGAUUCCAGAGAUACAAAAACUCUUGAUACGGUGCAGUUUCUCCAGCUCAGGAAGGACGAUGACGAGCCCAUUGAGACGACAUUCGAACUGAAUGACACACUUUACACGAAAGCGCAGAUACCGCCUACCGAAGAGGUCUUCAUUUGGCUCGGAGCCAAUGUGAUGCUAUCAUACCCCAUUGACGAGGCGCACGAGCUGCUUCAGGGGAAACUCUCUACCGCGACGCAAACCCUACAAAACUGCGAGGAGGACAUGGACUUUUAA